CGGACGCCGCAGCACCAGCCAUCCAGCCAGCAGCCACUCACUCCUCACCCAGAGCUAUGGACGCGGCCGCCGCUUCGCAGUGGGCGGCGCAGGCCGGCAGCGCGUGCCCCGUGGGCGGCGCCGCCGGCGCGCUGUUCGCGCAGCUGUUGGCCACCCUGGUGCACGCACAGUGCGCGCUCGCCGACCGCAGCGCCUACCCGCCGGACACGGCGCGCCCGCUGCCCGAGUACGACUUCGUGGUGGUCGGCGCCGGGUCUGCGGGGGCGGCGGUGGCCGCCCGCCUCUCGGAGAACCCCGACUGGACGGUGCUGCUGCUCGAGGCCGGCGGCGACCCGCCGCCCACGUCCGACGUGCCCGGACUCUUCCCUCUGCUGCAGAAGACCGAGGCAGACUGGGCCUACCUGACGGAGCCGGACGGGCAUUCGUGCCUGUCGCUGAAGGGCGGCCGCUGCUCGUGGCCGCGCGGCAAGGUGCUGGGCGGCUCCAGCGUGCUCAACGCCAUGGUCUACAUCCGGGGCAGCCCGCAGGACUACGACAGCUGGGCCGCGCUCGGCAACGACGGCUGGGCCUACCGGGACGUGCUCCCGUUCUUCAAGAAGCUCGAGGACUUCGACGAGAAGGAACUGAAGAAGAGGCCGCACACAGAGUCCGUGCACAGCCGCGGCGGCCCGAUAUUCGCCACGAUGCCGGAAUUCCUCGAGCCCUACACGGAAUCCCUGGUAGAGGCUGCCCGGGAGCUCGGGUUUAAGAUAAUCGAGGACUACAGCGCCGAGCCGAACUUGGGGUUCGGCCGGGUGCACUGCAACAUCAAGAACGGCACCAGGUGGAGCACCGCCCGAGGGUACCUGGCGCCGGCCAGGGACAGGAAGAACCUGCACGUCACCAAGUUCGCCUACGUCACCAAAGUACUCGUCGACCCGGAGACGCGGACGGCUUACGGCGUUCGGUACGUAAAAGACGGCGAGGUAAAAGAAGUCGGAGUCAAGAAGGAGGUAAUCGUAUCGGCGGGAACUGUCGACACGCCCCACAUACUGAUGCACUCCGGAAUCGGGCCGAAAGAUCAUCUGGAGGAGUUCGGAAUACCCGUAAUAAAGGAUCUGAAGGUCGGAUACAACCUACAGGACCACCUGAUGUACACCGGGUUGUACUACACGUUAAAGCCGCCGACGAAGACGUCGCCCGAAGAGACCGCUUUCCAGUACCUGGUCAACAGGACGGGGCCGUUGUCGACCACCAGAGUCAGCUCCUUCACCGGGUUCCUCCGGACGGACGAGGCGCCCCCCAACCUGGUGGGCCUCCCGGAGGUGGACUCGCCGACCUACCCGGACAUGCAGAUGCACUACAUCUACGUGGAGAAGGAGCUGGCGGGCGCGCUGGCGCACGACUACAACUUCGGCGAGGACGCGGCGGCGGCGCUGGCGCGGCUGACGGAGCGCCACGACGCGCUGCUGGUGAUCCCGACGCUGCUGGCGCCGACGAGCCGCGGCCGCGUGCGCCUGGCGGGCGCCGACCCGCGCCUCCGCCCCCUCGUCGACGCCGCCUACUACGCGGACCCGCGCGACCUCGACAACCACGUGGCCGGCGUGGCGUUCGCGCACCGCAUGGGCGCGACGCGCGCGCUGCGCGGCGCGGGCUUCACGGUGCGCGACCUGCCGCUGGCGGCGUGCGCCGACCGCCGCCCCGCCACCGAGGACUACUGGCGGUGCGCGCUGCCCCAGCUCACCACCACGCUGUACCACCCGGCCGGCACCGCCAAGAUGGGGCCCGCCGCCGACCCCGACGCCGUCGUGGACCCGCGGCUGCGCGUGCACGGCGUGCGCGGCCUGCGCGUCGCCGACGCCUCCGUCAUGCCGCUCGUCGUGCGCUGCAACACCAACGUGCCGUCCAUCAUGAUCGGCGAGAAGUGCGCCCACAUGGUGGCAGAGGACUGGCGGCGGCGCGACGCCGGCGCCCGCCCGCCCAAGCAGGAGCUGUGAGGGCGCGGCUCCGGCCCGCCCGCUCAGCGGACAUCACCGGUUUCCGGCAGUGUCGCCCAUCCUUGGGCCCCAUUCGUAGUGGCACUGUAGCCAGUCUCACGAGAAAACUACGUUUCUUACGUACAGGAUCUAGCCUGCUCGAACAAGUCAGUGCUGAUCGUAGUUUUUAGUCGGUUUUGCACCCUCCAUUAGGCAACUCUUAAACUCAUCCCAAAUUUGCGCCUUACAAAAUUCGAUACACAGAGAAUUUCGUUUGGCUCCAUGCGGUGGAGGAAGUCUUUUUCAGUCAUGUGUCCCUAACCUAACCCACUUAGCCGACACAGUUUCCUCGCUGUUUAACGUGGAUUCUCAACUGUGUGUCGGUUGUGGAGACUUCUCACAUUGCUGGGAGGUAAAGGCAAACUGAAAAUUGCUGUUGUCCUACCGGGAUUCGAUUCCGCUAUUUCUCGGUUGCCAGGCAUGCUAUACCGCAGGCCCGGCGCCGAAACAGUUAUAAUACGUAACAGACAUUUCAUUGCUAACUCGGUCCUCAAACGGAUGGAACACACAACUUCUCUCCCUUAAACUAACUGAGCACUGUGGCGUCGAAACAGUAGAUCCUGUACAGUGGGACAAAGAGAGACACUGACAUACGUAUAUCAAUGUGAGUAUGAUGAUCGACAGUGCCGGAAACUGGCAGUCGUGAAAUAAUAGACAGCAUUCGACACAAAAGUGUUUUUUUUUUUUUUUUUUACCUUCGCUCGGACGCUAUAGGCGACCACGGUUGUUCUAUCACUGCAACAAAUUUCAUGAUAAACAGUGAUUGAUACACUCAGUAUGUGCCUCCUAGUAGUUAACAAACGUUAGGACUUCUUAUAUUCUGCAUGUUGUGCGUCUUUGGAUAUCUGAAAAAAAAAAAGGAUAAUUAUGUAUCAC